UCAACGCGAAUCGUACGGACGUUAUACGACGUGACGUGAGAGAGAGAGAGGGAUUUGGUACGUGAGAAAAGAGCAAGAAAUUAGUGCCAGUGAUUGAGAGAGGAAUAGUGCUGAUAAUCUAAGCAAAAGUGCAUCAAGGAUCAUUGUGACGCAAAACAAGGAUUAAGUUGCAGUUCAAAACAAGAAGCAAAGAAAAAGCCAUUGUGGAUUAUUUAGAAAUAACAAAUUUGGAUAAAAGCAGAAAACAAGCAAUGGACCAAGUUUACAAGAUAAGCGCUUGCGGUAAGCCCCAACCGGCCUCCUGCCGUCCACUGAGACUGGCGAUCCUGACGGUUUGUCUGCUGGCGGUGCUGAGUCAGGUCUCGGCCAGACCUUCGGACGUUACCAAGCCAGAGGAGGUGAUCAGCAGUACUAGCAGUAGCAGUAGCAGUCCAGCAUCCACCGUUCUCAGUCACAAUCUGAAGCGUCGAUCGGCGGAAGAGGAUUACGACGACGAGGUGGAUUACGAGCGCGUUAAGCGUUGUCAUGAAGACGAGGACGUCAACGAACUGUGCCAGCGCUGCUCGAAGGUGACAAAGUCGUCGAUCGUGUUCCCCAUGUGCUGUAGUAACGAGGACGAGACGAUGGAUUGGUGCAAAGCAUACGUCUACUAUGGGAUACAAAAUUGACGAUUCUCAGUCCCCGAGCACACUACUUGCUAAGCUAGCUUAAAUAGCCAAUAGUAUUUAUUAUUGUGUCAGCGUCCUUCCAUUCGUCAAAUCAUCCACACCUGUUUGUAUUUCCAUCUAGAAGAAGAAGUAAUUUAUUUCGCCGUAUCUACUUAAACAUUAAAGAUUUGAGAUAAAAGACUGUGAUAGACUAGCCAGCAGGCUCGUAGGCC